ACUAUAUUAUCAGGGAAGGAGAUCCAGAACUGACUCAUAAUGUAAUGCAAGUAUACCUGUAAUGAGGGAUUAUACAGGAUUCAUUCUUGUGACCACUGCUCUUGAUCAUCCCAAAUGGCAUCAAACUGAUAGGUGAUUUAAAAUUUGACCUGUUUUGUUUCCUAGCAAAGAAAAAAUGGCAGCACCAAUACAGCAACUGGCAAGUCUAGCUAAAAAAUGCUUUGAUAAAACACAAGGAACUGUUUCUGAAGAACAGUUAAAAGAUGUUGUAUCAGCAAUGAACAAAAUCCAAGCAAAAGACCUAAAAUUUGAUUCAAGUGCUGUGAAGAUAAAUGACAGCACUGGAGGAGCCCCAGUAACGUUCAUCCAUGUGUAUAAAAAUGACAUCUUUUCCGUGAGAAUAUUUGUGAUUAAACCAUCAGGUACAAUCCCCCUGCAUGAUCACCCGGGGAUGUACGGCCUGUGCAAAGUCCUUCACGGCUCAGUUCAUUUGAGGAGUUUCACUGAAACUGAGGAUCAAGACAUUCGAGGCCCACAUUUCCAACAUUUGGGGGAAAAUCCUAGGGUGGUGAAAUCUGUCCGUCUGCAUCAGGACUUGAUUGUGACCGGCAACGAUGACUGUUGCUUCCUGACUCCUAGAGAAGGGAACUACCAUGAGAUUCUGCCAGUAGAUGGGAUGGCGGCAUUUCUGGAUGUCCUGGCUCCCCCAUACAGCCAUGGUCGGGAGUGUCAUUACUUUGAAGAGCUAGGUAGUAAUGUACUGACUUCAGGUGUUACUGAUGUCGGUGUUCGAUUGCUCAAACAGAUACCAGCACCAUCAAGUUACUGGUGUGACAGACUGGUUUACAAGGGGCCCUCUAUUGAAAGUUGAUCAGACUUCAUCUAUUCUUCAACCUAUUCUCCAGAAAAAAGGGGUAAUUAAGUGUUUUCAAAAAGUAUCGACAGCAUCAGAUUACCAUUGCAACAGACUUCUUUGUGGAAUAAUUCAUCAUGAGACUGCAUACUUGGGUAUGUUCAAUGUGCAUACCAUUUUAACAGUGGACCAAUAUGCUUUUGAGUUAUCUCCCCUGGAAAGUAUACAACCCUAGCUGCCAGUGAGGCACGAGAAGUCACACUUCCAUCUUAUCCUUCAGAGUACCCAUUUACUGCUAGACAUAUUGCCUACAUAUUCAACUAUGACACUUUACAGGGGUGGAAAUAACUUUAAAAUUGCUAGUGUACUCCGGUACAGUGGCACAUGUAAAAUCACUUGCCCUGAUAUUUUUUCCACUAUAAAGGCCGAUUUUCUUCUUGAGUUUUUAAAUAAACAACAUAAUUAACAUUGGAAAGUCAACUGGACACCGGUACAGCAUGAUAUGCAAAUUUGCCUGCCCAACAGAAAAGAAACACUGGACUGGGACGACGGGCAAUGGGUUAUUUCCACCCCUGCUUUAAACAGUGACUUGCCUAGGAAACACUACAAGUGCUACAGACUAUAGGUUACAAUUAAAUAUCAAUUAUCAACAUUAUUGGCAUUUAAGUGCCAGAUCCUCCUGUUACCAAGUUGUGAAUAGGUUUUAUAGAAUGUUUUACCCAUCAUCCUAUUCCUGAAAAUAUGUCAGUUUCUUGACAUUGCUUGGAAACAUCUCCAGUCUCACUAAGAUCCAAUCGUGUACUCUCUAUAACACUAGCUUUAUAUGAUAAAUGAAUUAUACCACUACUUGCCCAGUCCAGUCAGGUCAUAUCACAGGAAUAGCAUGCCAGCUGUGAUGUAACACACUCAGUUACUGUAUGAGUAUGUGGUGCCAUGUGCUCCAAUGAACAAGGCACAGGUCACAAAUCAAGAGAAGUUAAGUUACUUUGUCACAGAUAGUGGUUGGAUGGAAGACCGCAUUCAACAAUUCAGUUCUGGUCCUGCCCCACACGUGUAGUGCCUCCUAAGACAAGUGUUUUUGUGUUCAAAAUAAGCCACUGUUCACAGUGACAAUCUCAUGGGUUUUUUUCUAGUUGUUUCAGGCGCCACUGACUAUGCCACCCAGUAUAGAAAAAUAACGGCCCACCACUGUACAAUAAUUACAUGCAUAACAAUUUUUUGUAAAUAAAUUCCAAUUUCAUCUGA